AUGGGAAAUGGCUCAGCUGAGCGAUUCAACCAAACACUCAUCAAAAUGCUCUCAACACUCAACGAGAAGCAGAAGUCAGACUGGAAAUCCCAUGUUGCUCCACUUGUUCAAGCCUACAAUGCGACCAGAAAUGAUGCAACGGGAUACACUCCACACUACCUGAUGUUCGGUUGGCAUCCUAAGCUUCCCAUAGAUGUAUUCUUUGGUAUGGACUUGGAACACGAGAAAGGAGAUCACCAUGGUUAUGUUGAGAAACUUAAGGACAGGAUGGUGUCAGCAUAUAGACAUGCCUCUCAAGAAGCUAGGAGAAUAUCUGACAAGAACAAGAAUAAGUAUGACCAGAGAGUGAGGUUCUGUAAGCUGGAGAUUGGAGACAGAGUCCUUGUGCGGAAAGUAGGAUUAAAGGGAAAGAAUAAACUAGCAGACAGAUGGGAUUCAGAAGUUUAUGUUAUCACAGAAAUUCCCAAUCCCGAGAUCCCUGUUUUCAGAGUGAAGAGUACAUCAGGACGAGCCACAAAGACACUGCACAGAAAUAUGCUGCUACCAUUUAACCAGAUACCAGCAUGUGACAUUGAUGAACCUGUUGUUUAUAGGACACCUGUGACAAGGAGGAACAAGAAGCCUAAGAAUUCUGAUGAACUUCCGGAGUCCGAUUCUGAGAGUUCGGAUGAUGAAGUAACAAUUGAAGUGAAAUCAAGGAUACCCAGAAAUAGAGAUGAGUUCAGCAAAGAAUCAUCAGAUCAACACAGUGUAUCAAGAUCUAAAGUUUCUAGUGUAUCAGAUGGUACUAAUCAAAAUAUUUCUUCAUUUCAGAAUUCAAGUCCUUCCUUUCAGAGUGUGAGUUCUCCCAGACAGUCAGGUUACACCAGUGAGUCAGACAGCAGUAGUACCAGAGCUUCUGUGAGCGGUCCACAUAGUCAGUUUAUUUCAGACCAAUCACAGUCGCCUUUACCGAUUUUGCCGAGACGGUCGACCAGAAUGAAAAAAUUCCCAGAUCGGUAUGGGGAAUGGAUAAUGUAA